UUGCAUAGAAAAUAACAAACGUAAUCAAAGCCUUUUGGCGCUCAAAACUCGCUCAUAUCUUAAACGAAUUUCAACGAAUUGACACUUAAUUCUAACAAGACAUCCAAGCAAUUUAUUUCCUAAAAAAAACUAUUGAGUUUUAUUGUAUCUUAUUGGAAAAAGCGAGCGAAAUAGCUGUUGACGUAACUCGCCCAUCACAACACAGAAAUAGCAAAGACAAGCAGAAAGAAUCAACCGAUUUUGGCGGACUCUUUGGAUAAACGAGCUCUUCAACAACAGUGUAAACACAAAUAGUCGUAGAAAAUCUUAAGAUUGAAUUUUGCAAAGCCGAAACCAUGUUUUCAAGCCUGUCUAGCUAUAUCUGGGGAGCCACUGAGGACCAAGUCGUCCCUGAAUGUCCACUGGAAGUUGACGAACAGAAGGUUGACGAAGGGUGGAUUUUGGUUGAUUUGGCAUCAGUGGACAAUGCAAAAGAUCAAAUUCAACGCGAAAAGGACGCUAUUGCUGUUCCAGACAGCGUCGAAGAAAGUUGGUACGUCACUCCGCCAUCUUGUUUCGAUGCAGGAGAUGUGGCCGAUGAAGGCCUCGAAGCAAAUCCUUUUGAAGACUUGCUGAUUGAACAUCCCAGUAUGUCUGUCUACGGCCCCCAUCGUAACAGAUCAUCUUCUGCAUCUGGAAGUUCAUCGAGGCCUUCUAGCCAGCAACCUAACGAGACCCAGGCCGUGGAGCGCAGGUCAACACGGAGGAACGUCCGCUUUCAGGAACAGCUCGACUUAAUAUCCAAGCGAAAACUCGUCGAGCCUCCGAAAAAUGCCUCUAGAAAAAUAAAUACAAAAAAUCUCAAGAGACAGAAUAACGUCCAUCACCAUCCUUCCCGCUCAAGAAGAACGAAAAAGCGGGAUAGGAUGGAUGGAAAACAUGUUGGACUGCAUGGGAAGAGAGGGUAUUAGCUUGUAACUAUUUUUGGAGAGUCAAAGUCCAACGCAUAAUUACUAUUUAUAGGACCAAAAAAGACCAUUCUUUUAGUCUUGUUCUAAUUGUGUAUAUAAAUUAUUUCACCUUCAAGAAAUUUCUGAGAGCUUUUUCUUAGAUUUUGUGAUGUUAGACUUAGUAAUGGGUGAUAGUUUAAACUACCCAUCUUUUUCAAUUGAGUGUACUGUGUACAAUGAAUUACAGUGGUUGAGAAUAAAUUGGUGGCUUGGACUUUGCAUUGACUAGAUAGCUUUAUCUAGUCUAUAAAAGACCAAAAAAAGAUAAAACAUGAACUAUUUUCAAAGACAAAAAAAAAUAUAUAGCAUAAUAAUUGAAAUUCCACCAUCAAUCGGUAUAUCAUAUAAUAUUGUAAAAAUGCACUUCAUCAAAGAUUUGCUGUACUGGUGUAUGGUAUAUUGAAUGCCAYCUUAUGGCAAUAAUAAAAAGUUUCUAUAAAAAGC